AUGGCAGGGAAACACAAGAGGAAGCUGGAGGAUCUCAGUGUAGAUGAGUUCCUGUUGUCUGGAUUUGAUUCUUUUGAGGGUGAUGACUCUGAAAAUGAGAUUCCAGAUUGUGGAUCAGAGGAGCAGCCUGUAUCUCAGGAGAAGUCUAAAAAGAAGGGCAAGGCAUCUGAACACAAAGACCAGCUCUCCAGACUAAAGGACAGAGAUCCGGAGUUCUACAAGUUUUUGCAAGAGAACGACCAGAAGCUUCUGAAUUUUGAUGACAUAGAUAGUUCAGAAGAUGAAGAGGAACAGAAGUACCACAAACUCCCCACUGAACUACAGGUGGCCAGCUCAGAUGAGGAUGAAGCAGAUGAAAAGACUGAAAAGGCCAAGAAGUCUGCAGACAAGAGCACAAAAGUCACAGCUAAGAUGAUUGAGGAGUGGAGAGCAGAGCUCAAGAAAGAUUCUUCUGCACGCUUGAUAAGGGACAUCACACAAGCCUUCAAGGCUGCAGUGGCAACUACAAAAGGAGAAAGUGAAGAUAAGUGUCGUUACGUUGUGGCAGACAGUUCAAUAUUCAAUGCACUGAUCCUGCUCUGCAUAAAGGAUAUGCAUGGUGCCCUGAACAAACUGUUAAAUCUCAAAGCUCCCGAGAAAGACCAGAAGAAAUUAAUAUUGCCUUCCUCAAGUCCCAGGUGGCAGAAAAAUCAGAUUGACAUUAAAAUGUACCUAAGUGGCCUCGUCCAGCUCCUCUCUAGCCUAACCGAGUCAACAGUUACAGCUGCAGUUCUUCGCCAUGCCAACCAGAUGGUGCCAUACUACCUGUGUCUGCCUAAACAGGGACGGCAGCUGCUGAAGCAAUUAAUAAAGCAGUGGAGCACAGGUGAGGAGACGGUGCGUGUGCUGGCCUUCCUGGCUCUGAACAAGAUCUGUCGCCACAAGCAGAAUAUAUAUUUGAACCCUGUCCUUAAGCAAAUGUACAUUGCCUACGUACAGAACUGCAAGUUCACCUCUCCCAACUCGCUCCCCAUAAUAAACUUCAUGCAGCGUACCCUGGCAGAGAUGUACUCUCUGGACACACAGGUCUCUUACCAGCACAGCUUCAUCUACAUCAGACAGCUCGCCAUCCACCUACGAAACGCAAUGAACAUGAAGAAGAAGGAGACGUAUCAGUCAGUGUAUAACUGGCAGUUUGUGCACUGUCUGUAUCUGUGGUGUCGAGUACUGAGCACUGUUUACCCCAGUGAAGUGCUGGAGCCACUCAUCUACCCUCUGUGCCAAGUCAUCGUCGGCUGCAUCAAGUUGGUGCCCAUUUCCCGGUACUAUCCGUUACGGUUGCAUUGCGUCAGAGCUCUCAUCCUACUUUCCGGCAGCACCAAGACCUUUGUGCCAGUGCUGCCAUUCCUGCUGGAGAUUCUUCAGCAGGAAGACUUCAAUAAAAAACCAGGACGCAUGAGUGUCAAACCCAUUAAUUUUGCUGUGAUCCUCAAACUCAGCAAGACCAACCUGCAGGAGAAGGCUUUCAAGGAUGGGCUGAUAGAGCAGCUGUAUGACCUCAUACUGGAGUACUUCCACACCCAGGCCCACACCGUUGGAUUUCCUGAGCUUGCUCUGCCCACUGUUAUCCAGCUGAAAGCUUUCCUGAAGGAAUGCAAAGUGGCCAAUUACUGCAAGCAGAUCCGCCAGCUGCUGGAGAAGGUACAGGAGAACUGCAGCCACAUCACAAGCCGGAGACAGAAGGCUGCUUUUGGCGUAGCUGACGCUAUAGCUGUGGCUGCGUGGGAGAAGCAGGUAGCAGAGGAAGGAACUCCUCUAACGAAGUACUACAGCCAGUGGAAGAAGCUCAGAGAGAAGGAGAUUCAGCUGGAGAUUUCCGGAAAAGAAAGGAUGGAAGACUUGAACUUCCCUGAAAUCAAGCGCAAGAAGCUUCAAGAAAAGAAUGAAGACAAGAAGGAGUUCAAAGGUCUAUUUGAUUCAGACAGCGAUUCAGAUGGUGAUGACCUAAUGCACAAACUUAAAGAUGAUGAUGACGACGAUGAUGAAGGCCUUGAAGACCUCUCUGACCUGAGUGGUGCCGAUGAUGAGGAUGAGGAUGAUGAUGCUUCAGCGGUAGAGGAAGACUCAGAUGGCAGUGAGGCAAAGGCUUCUACUUCUAAAAGAAAAGCUCCAAAGCAGGUUUCUGGAUUGAAUCUGCAGGAGCUAGCAGAGGGAGAUGAGGACGUGGUGGAAGACCUGGAGCUUUCUGACCAAGAUUAAGGACAUCAAUAAACCAGUAAUCCAACCAGUGACUGGACAUCCUGUUUGACGUGAUGCAGACAUGCAUCAUGUGAUUAAAAAACUGAAGGUUAUUUGGCUUUUGCACAGUGUAGCUGGGAGCAAUCAGCCAGACACCUGAGUUUAGGAUUACAGUUUCUGUAUUUCAAAACAAAACACAUGAUUUUGUUUGUAGUAGGUAUGGAUCCAGUUUAAGAGUCAAACCUUUGUUCAUAUUUUUACACCAUUCCUCUGUCAACAUUGUAUGAUAUAUUGUCUUCACAAUAUAUUGUAAAAUAUGUAUGUGGCCUCCAAUUUUGUGCUUAUGUCUGUAUAUCUUUUUUGAUUAGUCAGGAUAUAUUUAUUUUGACUCAGAAAUGUCUGUUUUCCAGAGUCAAAAUAUCGUCUGUUUGAAACGUCACUGUUGUGGCACUUCUGUGAAUUCUUAAUAUAUCACUUGGUGGAUGAGCACCAGAGGUGCCUUGAGUGAGCAACUUGGCUCUGUUUAAACACACUUUUUAGAAUUAUACAGAUGUUAUACUUGGCUGGUGCAGCCGACUUCCUUUCUUACAGGACUAUAUAAAUCCAGCUAGCAGAUGACUGAAUUUAGGUAGUAUUUUUUUCUCUAUAUUCAUUUUAUAUUUUUCUUUGUUUGACAAACUCCGUUCGUGGUCUUUCAGGCUGUGCCAUACAUCAAAAGCUUGGACAGUUUCAGCAGAGCGCAGGAACUUCAUCUCAGUGUAAACAUUUCAGAUAGUGAUAUUCAAAUGUCCUUGCAAAAUAUAAAUGCCAUUGACAUUAUAUGAAAAAUAAUACUACAGGACACUGCAAUGUUUACUAUAGUAAAUUAUUGUACACUGAAGUAAUAAUGCAAAGCCCUGUAUUUGUUAAAGAAUGUACUGCUGUGUUUCACCGCUGUGAGAACAAAAUCUUUUCUUUUUCAUUGUUUUUUGCAGGAUUAAAAAAUGCCUCCUGCCCUUUA